GUGUCGUCGUCGUCACUACUGUGUCAGUCAGAGUCGGUACUCGGCCCCAGGUAACGGCUCCCGUGGUGAAAGCAGGAACCCAGACGGGAUUAUCAGCGGCAGACACCUGAGCCCCGUACCCGCCUCCAGGUCACCUGCAGCGGGCGGAGCGCCGCGACGGUUCCCCCUGCGGACCGACGUGAGGAGAGUGAGCGGCAUCUUUAUGCGGCUGCAGCGUCGUCCAUCUUCACAGCUCCAUCCGCAUGAGGAGAUGUUGGAGGUAACCGAGGCUCCUCACGUACAGAGAUGCUGAAACAUCUACGCUCGCUUUGGGAUUGUCCAAACCUUGUGUUGGAGUUAAGGUGGACUCGCUUAAUGUGGCAUUAGAUGGACUUUUUUUGGAAAUCAGAAGAUAGUACUAGAUCCUCGCUCCGGGGGAAACCUUCAGUAUCCAAUUAUUGUGAUGUAAUGAUGGUGGGCGUCACUGUCACAUCAUUCCUCAGGACUCCUAUAAUCUAACAGAAGCUUUUUUUGGUUCAGAGUAACUGAAGCGUGGAGGUCACCCAGCACCAUGGACUACCACAGCGAGUGCUGCUUCUGCGAUGCAGAUGAUAUUCACAGCGGUCCAGAUGAGCCGCCACUCCACAGCGUCCACGCGCCCAACCGCAUCCGACCGUCCUCGUACAGAGCCCUGAGGAGCGCCGUGUCCAGCCUGGCCCGUAUCGACGACUUCUUCUGUGAGAAGAUUGGUUCGGGCUUCUUCUCAGAGGUCUUCAAGGUGCAGCAUCGGAUCACCGGGCAGGUGAUGGCGCUGAAGAUGAACAAGCUGGCGAGCAACAAGGCGAACAUGCUACGAGAGGUUCAGCUCCUGAACAGACUCUGCCACCCCAACAUUCUCAGGUUUCUUGGGGUUUGUGUACAUGAAGGUCAACUCCACGCUCUGACUGAGUAUAUAAAUGGAGGAAACCUGGAGCAGCUGCUGGACAGUGACCUGUACCUGUCGUGGGGCGUCAGGAUCCGUCUGUCUCUGGACAUCGCCCGAGGGCUGCAGUACCUGCACAGCAAGGGCGUGUUCCACAGAGACCUCACCUCCAAGAACUGUCUGGUUCGCUGCGAUAACGGCACGUUCACCGCCGUCGUCGGAGACUUCGGCCUGGCAGAGAAAAUCCCAGAUUACAGCGAUGGUUCGCUGAAGCAGCCUCUGGCCAUCGUGGGUUCUCCGUACUGGAUGGCGCCCGAGGUUCUGAGGGGAGAGCUGUACGACGAGAAGGUGGACGUGUUUGCGUACGGUAUCAUCCUCUGUGAGAUCAUCGCCCGCAUUGAAGCCGAUCCUGACUUCUUACCCAGGACUGAGGACUUUGGUCUGGAUGUGGAUGCGUUCGAGAACAUGGUUGGAGAUUGUCCUCCUGAAUUCUUCAGCCUCGCUUUCACCUGCUGUAACAUGAGUGCCGUGCGGCGUCCCACCUUCACUGACAUCGUCCUCACGCUGGAGAGCAUGGAGACGGGAGAAGAGCCGCCGUCAAAGUCCAUUGCAUUGGAUCCGGUGUCAGCAGACGUCAGUCCGUACCGACGCCGCAGUUCUCCCUGUCGCCUCGGCGACUCCAGUCAGCAACAACUUGGCCUGGCAAGGAGCCACUCGGACAUGUUGCCCCCGGCAAUGCUGACCCCUCCCCUGCUGGGGACGCCCGCGAGGGUCAACCCCUUCUCUCUGAGGCAGGACCUGAACGGGGGGCGGUGCAAAUUCCUGGACACACCCAGCAAGUCGGUCAUCUCCCUGACCUUUACGCUCCCUGCCCCACGUGACCCGUGCUCCUCCCCACACCUGCUCAGAGGGACGCAGGGGAUUCGAGCUCUGCACAGGAGGUGCCAGUCCCUCCCCUGCACCCCCGAGCUCGGCCGGACGAUGGCCUCGACGCCAAGACACACAGAGACGAGGGAGGACGAGGACUUCAGAGUGGUGGGGAACGUGGAGGUGUUUGAGAAGGAGCAUGAAAGGUUUCUAGAAGAAAAUGUGGACAUUACUGAGAGGAGAAGGUUGUUAAAGGAGGAGGAGGAGGAUUCAGGACUUCCUGUUGAUUUGGACAUGGUUUCUCUGGAGCGCCUGGAGGAGGAAGAGGAGAACGUACGUCUAGCAGAACCCAUGGACUGCACCAAGUCUCCAGAGGCAGCAGAGGGAAACCUGGACUCCACACUUGGAAGACCUCUGUCCACCUCCUCCUCUUUACGGACCAAUGGUUGGCAACUUCCUGUCUCCAAUGGACCGCCCUUCUUUCCCCCGCUACUGCGAGUGGACAACAACAACGGUUCAGGGCUUGUGAUUGGACAGCAGGUGCAGCGGGGCGUGGGCGGCCGGGGUAACGGUUACAGUGGCGCCCAGUUCCUGUCCUCUGACCCCAGCGGUGGACCCGCAGAGCAGGAUGAUGUCAUUUCCUGUCCGGGCUGCUGCCUGGUGGGCCUGAGUUUCCCCUCGGUGUGCCUCCGCGGUUCAGCCGCCGUGCCCACCCCGCUACGGAGGGCCUCGUUGCCGCGGCAGCGGCCCUACCGCAACCUCAACGGCACCAUCACCGGUGGCGGCGCUCUGUCGUCGACAGCCGCUGCCACGGCAACCAAAGCUCUGCUGUGCCGCGGCACAAACGGUCUUGUGGUAGACGGGUCCUCGGUGCCGCGAGAGCCGGGCCGCUCCCUCCCUGAGGCGCAGACUUAAGCGAAGAACAAGAGAUUUUUGGUUCUGAAUUUGUGACCAACACGAGGUUAGAGUGCCACCUGGUGGAAUGGAGGAUUGAAACGCAGCACAUCGCUGUCAUGGUGAAGAGAGCAAACAGCUGAUUGAACAGCUGAUCAAACAGCUGAUCCAGACAGAACAUGUGGUUUGAUUUACUGCAGCUGGAAAAAAAGAGCAACUUUCUCCUUGUUGAACCAAACCCAAGAGUUCCCUCUGUGCUGGCUUCAAGUUUAUCCGCUAUCAUGGAAUAAUAGUGCAUGGCUCAUACAGUUAGAUGAAAAGGAUUCGAGAUACAGGGUUUUUUGAAUGAGGUUGUAUGAGAAACAGACACAUAUUCAUUACAGCGCUGUCGAGAUUGUGAAAAUGAACUUCUAUUCAUCUUUACUUUGAAUGUUUCUCAACUUAAAAUGUGUGAAUUUUAAUGAUCUCCUCCCGCUGCGCCAAAGUCCAUCGAGAAAAUCAGCAGUUUUACAUCACAGCACACAGGAGCAGUUGAUCGACUGUUGCCGCCAAUCAGUACGUUCAAAUUUAAUUUUUUUUACUCAGAGGUUUAAAAUCCUUUAUUUGGAUUCACCUAAGUGACACAACAAGGCAGCAGUAGACCAGCGGCUCCUGUGUGCCUGCGAGCUAAAAACACAGAUUUUCUCUAUGGACUUUGGUGGAGCGGGAGGCGAGUCCUCAAAUCCAAAUAUUUAUUAUAAUAUUUAGUUUAUGGUUAAAUAAAAGUUGAAUUGUCACGUUGUCACAAUCUCAACAUCUGUGUAAUGAUAGUCACACUGUAGUUCUGAAUAAAUAUUUUUCAUGAUAGCAACACUCCACGGCCAAAAUGGGAGAAAAAAAACCGUGAAGCUAAAAUCUGCUAAAAACUUCUUCUCGGCUCAGGAAGUCAGCGCCUCAUACGACCGCCGUUCAAAAAACAUCAACUAUCCCUUUAUAAUAUACCUCCUAUGUAUUGAAAACUUGGGUCUUAUUUUUGUCGUCAUGUUGGGAGCGUUACACCCACCAAGAUCAAGAUUAAGCUGAGAUCUGUAACCAUGGUAACUUAAAAACUAAUGUUUCUUGAAGGAACAGUGUGUGACAUUUAGGAGGGUUUAUUGGCAUAAAUGUAACACACUACUCGUAAGGAUAUUUGUUUCCGUGCGUAAUCGCUGCCUGUUGCAGUCUACAGUCUCACCAUUAGAUGGCACUACUUCUUACACACUGGAUCUUGUAAUAUAAACGAUAGCAGCAAACGUGACAAAGCUAAGACCCAAGUUUACUAAUAUGUAACAUACAGUAAUAAAGAGGGAUUUUUUUUAUUUUCUUUUAAUCUAUUAGUACUUUUUUACUGUGGCGUGGGCAGGACAUUUUAUAAUCCACUGUCCCUCCCUCGCUUUAUGGAGGAAAAUUGAAGAUGUUUUUGAUUAGCAUGUUAGCCCUGGAGGCUGUGGUGUCUCUCUGCAGGUCCAAACACAGACCGAAUGUAAAAACGUGUACGCAGUCUUUGAAGCCGUUUUUUUUCUUCAUUAAUUUAAAACUAGACGACGUCUCCUGCUCCUAUUGGACGAUACUCAAUGUCAGUCACAAUCAUGUGUCGCACUUUAUCAUGUGUUUUCCUCUAAACAGUGUUUACUGAACAUUUUAACAAUUGGCAGAGUCGCCCCCUGGUGGCUGUUCAGUAAAUUGUUACGCUGGGAAGACGGAAGAGAAGCACAUUUGAUCGCAAAAAUAAUCAAAAUCAUAAUAAACAAGUGUAUUAUCCCAAUCAAACAUUUAUUUUAUCUGUCCAAUAUCCGAUCGACUAGUAUCGGACACAGCGAUUAUUUGAUAACGAUAAAAAAAAACCACAGUGAUGCAGGAAUUCAUUGGCCCCAAAUUCUUUGAUCUCUAAAGUUACAGUGUGUGGAGCUAACGAGAUGCGUUCAACGACCCUGGUAAAUGUCAACACUUUUUACAGGAUCUAUAAGCAGGGGUCUCGAACUCAAAAUGACCUGGGGGGCCCCAUAAAGCUUCUUGUCUUGAUUCUUUUUACUAUAAAACGAUUAGUCACAGAAACUGAUCAACGUUUUUAUAAUCAAGUGAUGAUGUCAUUAUUAUUUUUAUUCAUUUAUUUUGCACUAAAGUGACAGUUGAGAUAGAAAAAGGAUGUAAAAAAAAAAAGAUUCUGAUGAUAUUUUUCCAUGUCGUGCACUUACGGAAGCUACGCCCACAUUUUACACUCGCUCUGUGGUCGGACGACAGAAAACGACAGACGUGAAUGUGGUUUUACUUCUGAGACUCGGUGUGACAGUAGGUCCGUAAACACGCGGCGUGCGCGAGUGCUGAGUCGGCACUUUUUCUGCCUGUUUAACUGGUGCGAUGUAAGAUACAAUUCAUAUUUAUAAAACGAAUAAAGAUUUACUUACCUUUAUAUUUAUUUACACUUAUUUAUUGACAUUUUUAUAGCAGCUGACCUGUGUGUGUGUGUGUGUGCGUGUGAGAGACAAACACUGAUAUCUUUAAUUUUCAGGAAUUUGAAGGGUCCUCGUCAUGUGAAUUAUUUUAUUUUGCACUUCAGUUAUUUAUGAGAGCGUUUUGCAGUAAAACACCAGGCUUUUAUUACAUUUCAAAUCUGUGCUACUGGUGCUUUUAUUGUUGCUUCUGGCUCAACAAACGUAGUUUCCCCUUCACUUGUAUUAUUUCCUCUUGUACAGAUCAUUCCACACACACUGUGUGUGUGUGUGCGUGUGAGUGAUGAAUAACCUUUUUUUUUUUUUUUCUAACCCCAUCAUUUGGUCUCAUGUUAAACAGCGGUUCUCACUUUAUUUCAGUGUUUUGUUCUUCGAUACAUGUAGAAACUCUGCGUGCAGUAAUCUGGUAAUAAAUAAAGACAAAUAUGGUUGUGCCCA